AUGCACAAGCCUUCGAUAUCGGUAUUGGGCGACUCCACAAUAGUCCCUUCAAAAUGCUACUCCAAUCAUGAGUCGGAUCGAAUAUCUUCGACGCCUCGAUCUCUGCGCAGGGCCAUAUCCAUCCCAGCAGUCUCUUCGAUUGUUAAGGAUUCAUGGAAUUGGGCCGGCGACACCCUUGGCGCCUACCGCGGUGGACCCUCGCCCGACGAGCGGAAGCGACAGGCAGAUAUUGAGGAUCGGAAACAGGUGCUCUAUUUGAAAAUUAAACAUGCAGUGUCGUACGAAGAAUGGUGUAGUUGCGCGAAUGAGCUCGACGUGCUAGAAGACAAUAACAGUUGGAAGAAAACUUUUGAAUGCCCCGAAUAUCACCCUCAGUUGGUGCAGGAACGGUUACGGGAGCUGGAGGAGGCACGCAUCAGCUGCGAUGUGAGCCGGAUGUUGUUUCUGGUUCGGACUGCGCUCAGUCGGGACCUGGGGAAGAUGAGCAACGCGUCGCUUUAUCGUCACUCGCAUAUUGGGACAAAAGAUUUGAUUGACCGAUAUAUCACCACGGCGCUUGAUACAAUCACAAACCUGGUAGAUUUGUCGGUACAUAAUCGCUGCGAUGGGCUGGAAUUGAAGUAUAUCUUGGAUCAAUUGUUGGCAGCCAGGCAAGCAUUUGGUCGCAGUGCGUUGCUCUUUUCAGGAGGUGCUACCUUCGGAAUGAACCAUAUUGGUGUGCUCAAGGCAUUAUACGAGGCCAAUCUCAUCCCUCGCAUUAUCUCAGGCGCAUCUGCAGGCAGUAUCGUCUGUGCCGUCUUUUGCACUCGCAAGGACGAUGAACUAUCAGGGCUUCUUGACACCUAUGCCCAUGGUAAAUUUGACGUUUUUAACGAAGCAGGAAGGGAAGAAAAUAUCUUCCAGAAAACAGCACGAUUUUUGAAGUUUGGUUCUUUUCUGGAUAUCUCCCAUUUGGCAAAUACCAUGCGAGCUUGGCUGGGAGACAUCACCUUUCAAGAGGCAUACAAUCGGACACGCAGAAUCUUGAACAUCUGCGUGUCAAGUGCCGGUAUGUACGAGCUCCCGCGACUUUUGAACUAUAUCUCUGCUCCGAACGUCAUGAUCUGGUCUGCUGUAGCGGUAUCCUGUUCAGUGCCGUUCGUCUUUAGGCCAUACACUCUGAUGGCGAAAGAUCCCAUUACGGGUCUUCCAGUUCCUUGGAAUGACCUACACAGGCAAUACAUUGAUGGUUCGGUUGACGGGGAUCUUCCAAUGACACGCUUAUCUGAGAUGUUCAAUGUGAACCACUUCAUUGUGUCACAGGUGAAUCCCCAUGUCGUGCCAUUUCUCUCCAAGGAGGACGGACCAAUCAACGAGCUUCAACAAGGGUUGUCGUUCGUUCCUCGGUGGGUGAACACAAUGACGCACCUAGCAAAGGACGAAGUGUUGCACCGAAUGAAUGUCUUGUUAGAGCUUGGAAUAUUUCCGACUUCCAUGACUAAAGUCGCAUCAAUUGUGAACCAGAAGUACAGUGGUGACAUCAACAUCUACCCCGAAUUAAUUUCGUCCAACUUCCCGCGGAUAUUGGAGAAUCCGACAACAGAGUUCAUGCUCGAGGCUUGUUUGAGUGGUGAGCGAGCGACAUGGCCUCGGUUAAGUCGUCUUCGGAACCACUGUGCUAUUGAACUUGCCCUUGAUCAAGCUAUACAGCAAAUGCGAGCCCGUGUAGCCUUCAGCCCGGGCCAAGUUGACCUGCGUUUGCAAGGCUCCUUUCAACACUCGCCUGAAUCGAUAGACAGUAAUGCCAAUCGCGGACGUCUUCAUAAUCGCAGGAGGGGCUCCCAUGGUCAUGAACUUGAGAGAAAACGAUCAAGAGGUGCAUCACGGGGUCAAAGCACACGAGAGCUUCGAAAGGCACGGAGCACAGUGUCGCUUGAAAGCCCACAAAAUUCGCUGUCUAAUAAUCUAAUCUCCGUGCCGCCUCGCCCAAAGGCCCACCAUCGCCGAUCAUCAAUAUCAUUCGGCGGCGGGAUAUUCUCAACUGGGUCUGGUAGUGAUGGAGAGGAGGAGCCUGGUCUUUCCUUUUCUGGUCAUUCUCGGCAGUUCCGGGCGCGAGACUCUUGGGAUGCAUCGUCCCACGAAGAAUGUUUGACUCAUGGAACGCAUUCUCCCACCCGAUCCCGGCGAUCAUCUUUCUCUAGCAGGUCACAACGGUCUGCUUCAGGCCGACAAGCUUCCCCCAAGCAGGUCUUGGGACCGUCGGCUCGAGAGGUUUCCAUGGCCCUGUCGCCUUCAUCCCGUCACCUACUGAGCAUGACGCCGACACCACAUCCGACGUCGCCUGACUCCAUUACGCGCAAACUGCACCACUGA